GUUCUUUCUUUCUCUUUCAAUUCCACGAUUUUUCCUUCUCUCUCCUCUCUCUCCUCUAUUGAAGCGUACUGGUCUGUCGCUCUCUCCUGUCCUUUCUUCUCUCUUUCGAUCUCCUUCUCCUUCUCCAUAACCAAGCACAACCUUGAGGAAGAAGAAAAAGAAUAGUAAUAUUGAGUGCCGUGAUGUUUCCUCCACGCCUUUCGGUUCAUGCUCGGUGCCGCUGCCUCCUCCAUCAAGAUUUGUGGGUGUUUGAUGCGGCUCCUCUGUUGUCGUGCUCCGUUGCGGUACUACUCUUAGGUUAGAUGGUGGAGGUUGUUGUUGUUGUUUUAGGGUUGUCAAAUCUCAAUCUUUCCACGUUCAAUUUCAUUUUUCAAGAAUUCAUCACUGCUUCUUCACUUUUUCUCUCUUCUGGGGUUUCUGCUGCAAAUUUUCUGCAAUAUUUCAACUUCAGGGAGAUAAGACAAGUGAAAAGUCAACAAAAACAAUGUGGUUUCCCAAUAAAAGCAAAGGUUGGUGGAAAAUUAGCUCCCCAAAUGAGCAAUCUCAGUGGCAAAGUUUCAAAGGAAAAAGUGAAUGACAACUUCCCACAAAAGUUGUUAGGAUGCCUUGUUUGAGCUUCUGGCUUUCUGUUUGUUGUCUGCUGUUUGCUGCCUGCUGGUCUGCUGUUCUGCUUUUCUGCCUGCUGUUGUGGUUGCGCUGCUGUGUUCAGUGCUGCUUUGCUGACAAGUUGUUGUAUGUUUGUGUUGCUGUUGCACUGUUAUGCUGUUGGUCUGCUGGUUUUGACAGCUCGUGCUGGGUCUGGUGCUGGCUGCCAAGCCAUGGUGUAGCUUCUGGUUGCUGUUUUGCUUGUAGCUGCUGCUGGGGUUGCUGGUCGUGGUGUGGCUGUGCUAUCUCAUUCUCUGUUGCAGGCUUGGGGUCAAUGGGAGCUACUGCAGUCUGCUUUUUUUUUUUGUCUUAGAUUUUAUUCUAUUUAUCUAAGAUAUAAUGCUCUUUAAUGAUGGUUAGGAAGGUACUCUAUUUUUAUUGAUUUUGUGGUAUUUUUAAAGACUUUUGGCACUGGUUCUAUGACAAAACAGGUGCGAAAAGUUUAGUUUUUGGCACCGGUUCUCCCCCAGAACCGGUGCGAAAUGUAUGGGGUUUUAGCACCCCCCAAAUCCCCACCGGUUCAAAACCGGUGCUAAAUGGGGGUUUUGAACCGGUGGGGAUUACAUAUUUUCACCUAGUGGAGAAGGAUCGGGACAAGGUCAGGCAGUCUCAUGAUGACCCCAUAGUCAUCGAAUGCAAGGUUGCCAACCAACGAGUGGGUCAAAUCCUUAUUGAUACCAGGAGCUCGUCUGACCUUAUAAGCUAUCAGUGCUUGGCGAAGCUCA